AUGUCUGACCUCAAUAAAAGCGCAAGUGAGCCUCUAGCACAUAGAGCUGCCUCAGAGCUGCCUGCCCAAGAAGAUUCUCAGUUGAACGUCGAAAAUGUUGCGGAGUUGGGAUUUGAUAAUGAACUGAUUCGUUUCGCUGUCUUUCAUACGAAUGGAUCCAUUUGGGAGGCUGCAGAUGUGCUUUUAAGGUUCGAAAGUCGACGUGAUAAAGGGAAUGCAGUGGGACUUCUUGAAUUUGCCCUUUGGAUUGCAGAAAACGACCAGGUUAAAGCUUUGAGGGUUCUUGCCAGAUUCCGUUCUGGUACUCCAGCUCAACCUACUAUGCAAGGAGCCGCCACAUCAAGCAAGAGUAUUGAGAAAAGUAAUAAUGAGACGACGCAGAAGCAGUCCACACUAGAAGAAGUGGCGGGUGGAGGUGAAAGCCAAAGUAAGGGGGUUGCGGAAAAUGGAGAGGGGGCGUCCACUAUUGUGAAUGCAGUCGAGGAAGCUAAAGCUACGCUACCAUCAAACAAGCCGGCAAAGAAGACGACGAUGACUGAAAUACAGCACGCUCGAAUGAGCAAUAACAGUCAGGACAAUAAAACCCAGAGGGUCACAAAUUCGAACGAAAGCAAAAGCAACAUGGACCUAGCAGCAAUACAGACAGGAACCAUCAUUGCAAGGACAACAGUACUGAGCUAUACUGAAAGCAAAGAAAUCACAGCCGCUAUGAAGGGAGAAGCAAUUGACGUCAGAAAAGCCACGACUAACCCGGAAAAGAGUGCUUCUGGUAGCGGUAUCAAGCGCAAGCUGGAGGUUAUCGAAAUUUCUGAUGAUGAUGAUGAUGAUGAUGAUGAUGAUGGAGCCGACGUCGAUGCUCAUGAUUAUUUCCAGCCGAAGGAAGAGAACGGUGACACAGAAAGUAUUGCUGCAGAGAACGCUUCUGCAAAGAAUGGCUCUGUGGAUGAUGGUCUGGUUGAAAGGUCCUCAAAUGGCUAUCAUUACGAUUCUACAAACGAACAAGAACCAAACCGUUCACCUCUCGUGAACGAAAAGGCGUGGCGGGUUAAGAAGAUGGCAUGGGCAGAGGAAAUUCUCCAAAAAUCCAAGUCGCAUAUAAGGGUUUCGGGAGAAAGAUCUCCUCCUCAUCAUGGCGAGUGUUUCAGAAGAGGUAUUCAAGAGAAAUCAACUCUCGCUACCAUUCGCAAAAAUCUUUUGAUUCUAGAAAGCAAGGCAUUUCCGGACCCGACAAAAUGCAUUCUAGAGGGAGCGAUAGCAUCUGCUACAAUCGAGUUCAAAUAUGGUUGCCUGCAUUGCUUAAUGACUCAUAAGUGGCAAUUAAUGCUGGAUGAGAUGGUCGUUUUGCUCAUUUCAAAUCGCAUGCCACCCAAGGAAGGCUUGUUAGCUCUGGAGGCGAGCUACAUUUCGAGUGGUAGCAAUUUCACUAAGAACAAGCUUUGUGGAAAUAAAGCAUGUAGACGCCCAUCCCACGUCAUUGGGGAAAGCAGAGAAGCUUCAGGAUUCCGGAGAAUAUGUCGAGCUAGCCGGAAAAAAGUACUGGAAAAUGAUCAGGUCCCGGAAGAUAAAUGCGUCAAUGGUGAUAAGCAUUACCCAGAAUGUAUGAGAGACUUGACACUUUCGGACGAAGCAAGCUACAGAGCAUGUACAGCUCACAACUUCAAAUAG